GGCUGCUUUGACUUGUUGUCUGGAUCACUUCGCACCAGACCCCGAUUCUACCAGUCGCGUCCCUUUCGCGCUUUGAUUGAACCGAUACGCAAAUACGAAAUUGCUUGGACUCCGUGUCUUACACAAUGGUGGAAAAGGCGCGUUUGUCUGCGCGGCAGAUCUCCCAACAUAAGACGCCUGAAGACUGUUGGAUCGUGGUUGAUAACCAAGUGUGGGAUGUGACGGAAUUCUUGGAGGAACACCCAGGAGGGUCGACGAUCAUCCUGAAAUAUGCAGGUCGUGAUGCCACGCAGCCAUACUCGGAAGUCCAUGCCCCGAGCGUCAUCACAGCAAACCUAUCCCCGGAGAAGAACAUGGGAACGUUGGACGAAUCAACAAUCGACGAUGAAUGGGUAAAGCAAACACCAUCUGAGAAUCCGCAAGUUAUCCUCCAAAAUGAGAAGCCGCCAUUAGAUACUCUCAUCAAUUCGCACGACUUCGAGCUGGUCGCGUCAAAGACGGCCAGUAAGAAGACUUGGGCGUUUUAUUCCAGCGCUGCAACGGAUCUCCUCACUCGAAAUGCAAAUAAAUCCUGCUUCGACCGUAUAUGGUUUCGCCCUCGGGUGCUAAGAAAUGUGCGAUCUGUAGACACGAGAACCAGCAUUCUGGGAGUCGAUACCAGUCUCCCAUUGUUCGUGAGCCCAGCCGCAAUGGCAAAGCUCAUCCACCCAGAAGGGGAGCUCGCGAUUGCCAGAGCGUGCGAAAGAAAGGGAAUUCUUCAAGGGAUUUCUAACAACUCGUCCUAUCCGAUUGAGGACAUUCGGAGUGUUGCACCUUCAGCAAACCUGUUCUUCCAACUAUACGUGAACCGUGAUCGCGAGAAGUCAGCUGCCCUUCUCCGUCAAUGCUCCGCUAAUCCUAGCAUGAAGGCUAUUUUUGUAACGGUCGAUGCCGCCUGGCCGGGUAAGAGGGAAGCAGAUGAGCGAGUCAAGGCGGAUGAGAGCCUCUCAGUCCCUAUGGCACCGUCAAAAGCGACAAAUGAUAAGAAAGGAGGUGGCCUUGGAAGAGUGAUGGCUGGAUUCAUUGACCCAGGCCUAACUUGGGACGACCUUGUGUGGGUGCGCAAACACACUCAUCUUCCCGUAUGCCUGAAAGGGGUGAUGUCUGCGGAUGACGCCAUCCUAGCCAUGGAGGCCGGACUGGACGGUAUUCUAUUGAGCAACCAUGGCGGGCGAAAUCUAGAUACCAGUCCGCCAUCGAUUGUCACUCUGUUGGAGCUCCAUAAGCGCUGCCCAGAAGUCUUCGACAGGAUGGAAAUUUACGUUGACAGCGGCAUUCGCAGAGGGACGGACAUACUCAAAGCGGUUUGCUUGGGAGCAACAGCAGUUGGAAUGGGACGUAGUAUGCUGUUUGCAACCAACUAUGGGCAAAAGGGAGUGGAGCAUUUGGUGGAUAUCAUGAGAGACGAGCUUGAAACAGCGAUGCGUAACAUCGGAAUCACCAGCCUGGACGAGACGGGUCCUCAUCUGGUCAACACAGCUGAUAUUGACCAUCUGGUCCCUGAAUCUGCCUCCCAUCCAUAUGCGAGGAAGGUGGCCAAGCGGCGUCGUCUGCGUGUCGCCAAGCUUUAAACCUGUUAUCCAAACAUGGAAAAUAGUUUGGAAUGCUGGUUGUAUGCAGCACCUGAUGCAUUUGGUACUGUUACAGAAUAUAAGUCAAUGGGUUCCUCGAACCGACAUCUUACAAGCUUAUGAAGGCCAGGUCGCAAAGGGUAUCGGUAUCUUUCUGUCUGUCGUAAUCACCAACCUGGCGGAUGUUAAUACGGCCUUCGCGGAACCAUUGGCAACA